AUGGUUGCCGCUUUUCCAUUGGCUAAAAUUGGAUUAUUACUUAUGAAACAAUUGAGUAAACCAUUGGCGAAUUUAAUUAAAAAUGAAGCGAAAAAACAUCCGUUGAUUCGACGAUACGUCAUCAUACCAACGGGAAAAGCCUAUCAUUGGGUCGAAACUCAAGCAAUGUCGAAGGAAAAAUCAUCGGUAAUGAAUUUAACGGAAGAUGAAGUCGUAGAACUCGGUUCGAACGCCAUCGGUGAAAUUGUUCUUUUCGGAUUGUUGACAAUAAUAUUGUUGGCCGAAUACAAUCGUCAAGGAGAACAAAAAGCCGUUAAACAAAAAAUGAAAGAAGAUGAAAUAGCAAAUUUAAUAACGACCGUCGUUGACACCAUCGAAGAUGUUAACGAUUUAAAAUAUUCGGUUAAACAAAUAGAAAAAAAAAUUACCGAUACUUUCGAUGCGUUGGUAUUAGAUGACGAAUCAUUUACGAGUCAUUUAAGCGAUGAUAAUUUUCUUGAUGUUUUUACCCAACCUAAAAAAUCAAAAUGGUUUUUUCAAUCUUCGAAAAAAUCAUUCGAUGAUAGCAGUCCGACAUUAUGGUGA